GUGAGGAGGAAGGAGGUAUGUGGAACAGCGCAGCUUUCUCCCAAAACCUGUCGCCGCGUCGUCUGCAGUAGUUGGAAGCGAACUCUCAACCGGGCAGCAUGGAGAUUGACAAGCUGGACAUCUACAAUGCCAAGAGUGGCAAGUUUGUCACGACCCUGAAGGGGCUGAAGGGCUCCAGCACCAUUUUGGAUGUGAAGCAGAGCCUUAACAGCCAGAAGACCUCCCUGCGCCCUGAGCGUCAGGAGGUCAGGAUGGAGCAGAAGGGGAAAGGCUUGAAGGAAACUGACACACUCCAGCAGCUGGGCAUCAUGUCAAAAGAGGACAAACUCUUUGUGAAGGAUCUUGGGCCACAGAUUGGUUGGUCAACUGUAUUUUUUGCCGAGUAUGCUGGUCCUCUUGCCCUGUACCUGUGGGUGUACCAGCGGCCGUGGAUCUUCUACGGUGACAGAGCCGGAGAUGCUGUCCCCAUGUCUCUCUGUGCUCAUGUUGCUGCAGGUUGCUGGAGUUUCCAUUAUGCCAAACGCCUCUUUGAGACGCAGUUUGUUCACCGGUUUUCCCACAGCACCAUGCCACUGUUCAAUCUCUUCAAGAACUGCUCCUACUACUGGGGCUUCACUGCUUAUGUGGCUUACCAUAUCAACCACCCAUUGUUCACUCCUCCAUCAAUCACACAGAUGUAUGUGUCCCUGGCUGUCUUCUUGUUCUGUGAAUUUGGAAACCUGAGCAUCCACUUGGCACUGAGAAAUCUUCGACCUCCUGGCUCCAAGGAAAGGAAGAUCCCCUACCCUGAUGGCAAUCCAAUGACACUUCUGUUCAAUGCUGUGUCCUGCCCUAACUACACCUACGAGUUUGGCUCCUGGAUGGCCUUCACCACCCUCACCCAGUGCCUUCCGGCGGGAUUCUUUGCUCUUGCUGGGUUCUACCAGAUGGCUGUGUGGGCACUGGGCAAACACCGAGCUUACAAGAAGGACUUUAAGAAUUACCCCCAAAGGAAGGCUAUUCUUCCCUUCCUUCUGUAGAAAGGGUGUAGAGAGCUAAAGGGUACUUAGAGAUUAGCAAUUGGGAAGAAACUGAUAUUUAAUGUGAAAAAAUGCAUCUGUAGUUCAAACAUUCUCAGUGUAGCUUGGAGUAUUGAAAGUAUUGUAUGACAGGGUGAGUGAAAUGAUAUAUUCCAAGUUUUUUGAGUGAGUGAACAGAUAUGAAAGAUGAACACUUAAUGAAAGGGAGGGAAUAAGAGAUAGUAUAUUAAGUCUCCUUGUGCUUAUAAAUUUGUCUCUUUAUGCUUAUAAAUUUCUAAGUCUCCUUGUGCUUAUAAAUUUCUGACACAAAUUAUUUGUAAGUUUAUGAUAGUCUCUAGAAAUAAAAUGUCGCUGUUAA